GUCAAAGUCUAUUACGUCAUACAGAAGCACCACGACAUGCGGGACGAAUUUUUCCUCGUCGCCUUGUCGGCAAAGCAACACGAGCGGCAGGAAUGCGACAGCAGGUGCCCCGGCCCCGGCGACACGUGCGCUUAGUCGCGAGGGGGACAGACUACCGAGGCAGCAGUACUACUAGGGCAGAAGGAGAUCACAACGACCCGUCGCGCUCGCAAGGAGCUGCGCAGCGCCCCUAUAAUUGAAAGGCAGCAGAAGAAGAUAACACGAGGAUGAGCAGCACUGCGAAGAAGAAUGCGGAGUUGCAAGAUUGGGUGGUGGAGGCGGGCGAGGUACAACUCGACUCGCCCGAGCCCGUGGAGGUCGUGCAAAAAGUGCGCGAUUAUGAUGUCGGGACACCAGCUUCAUUGGGAACAGCGCAAAAUAGUCAAAAUUCCUUCGGCCGUGGCGGCCCAGCUUCGUCUUCGACGGCAGAAUAUGACAUGAACUGGGGUCCCGAUUAUCCUGCAACGCCGACGUCGCAAGCGGCUUCAUUGCAGAGAGAAGCGCAGGAACAACGUCAAGGUCAAACUCUGCACGGCGCUACGCCUACGCAAGAAGUGGAGUACCAAACGAGUGCUAGCAAAAGAGCGACUUCCUGGGACAGACCGAACGACGUCUUGGCCACCUCUCGAAAGGAUAGCAUAAUAUCGUCUAGCCCCGCUGGUGGUGCUGCUUCCUCUAUGAGUGGCCUAGUAACGUCUUCCAGCUUCAAUAUUGACGACAUGUUUGACGCCGCAGGUAGUUCUGCGCGCGGGCGAAAUAAAUCGCAUUCAAAUUCUUCCAAAUCAGCACAGCCGCCACGGUCGGACAAUCCAGCCAUCCUCACAUCAGCCGGCGGAACCACAAGGGCAAUUCCUGCUGUGCAGAAGUCCCGCCGCGAAGCGGAUACCAAGGCGCUCGACGCAGUGUUUUUGAGCCGUCGAGAAAAUGAUGAGUCGAUCGAGGUUGCUGGGGAGAAAAGAAAUUAUGUUGAGAAAGGAAGAGGACUACAGGAGCAACCCGCUCUACUGGAUCCAAGCCAAAAUCACGGCGGAAACGGCACGCCGACAGGGUCAGCAAGAGACGAAAUAUCUCCUGGCCAUGCCCGGAAGGGAUCGGCAGGUGUAAAAAUGGCAACAGCAGAAUCAGGAGGUCACCAGCACCGGGGGGAGUUGCAGCAAGUAGCUCUGGAUGCGAACAGGAACGAAAAAACACUGACACAUGAAGAGCACGCCGCUGAUGUGGAUGUCGUGCCGAAAGGAGGAUCAGAAAUGCAGCAGCACGACCUCCUCGACGACAGGGGACAACUACACUCGAGUGUACAACGCACACAUACAGGAGUGGCAGCCCGGACGACCGGCGCAACUACAUUUAGCGAACAACGUGCAUCAACUGCUGACAAGACAAGGACAACUCUAUCUCCGAUCCUGUUGAACCCAGCAACAGUUGGAGCCCGCCCAGCUUCAGCGACCUUUGAGCAGCAGAUAGAGCAGUAUAGUGACCACGCGAUGUUGUCCGCAACUUCAACAUCAACUACAACAUUGCGCACGAAACACUAUACCAGUGAAGAACAAGAUUUUAUUCGCGCCGGCAAAGGUGAUCUCAUGAAUAAAGAUCAGCGAGUGGACGAACUACAAGCGGAAGAGCAGCUGUGGAUCCUGGCCGACGAUCCCAUGCUCGAGGAAGAGCAGGGGCCGCUGCAGCCGAGUUUAGUGUUCCCCUCCGGCGUGGUGCCGGGAGGUGCAGCUGCCUCUUUGGGCGAGCAAACCACCGCAGCAAGCAGAGACGGAUUUUUGGGGACGUCGACGGCGGAACAAAAUGAAAAUCAUCAAGAAAGUGGUCUUCUUCUGGACAACAACAAUCUUUUUGCGGGUCCUUUGCAGAAGUCGUCUGACCAACAAGGAGACCACGACAGAUCACAGGAUGAAGAACAAGAGGGAACAAGCAACAAGAUGAGCAAUCUGUACAAUGCGGCGCAGCUGUACGCGGAAUACAACCGAAAUUUGGAGGUCUGGCGGAUGCUGCUGAUUGACUUUUUCCGGUUCCGGCACAAGAACCCCGAGAAAGUGAAAGAGCUGGUCCGCCGCGGGCUGCCGGAGUGCCUGCGGGGCAGCAUUUGGCAGAAGCUGGCGCAGAGCCGCGAGUUGCAGUGGAAGUACCCCCGGAACCUGUACGAGUACCUGAAGCAGGUCCCGAGCGCGCCGUGCGAACCCGACAUCCGGCGGGACACGAACCGCACCUUCCCCAAGCACGUGCUGUACUGCGACCGGCAGGGGGUGGGGCAGCAGCAGCUGCUCCACGUGCUCCGGGCCUACAGCAUUUUCAAUCCGGAGGUGGGGUACUGCCAGGGAAUGGGCUUCAUCGCGGGGCUCCUGCUCUGCUACCUGCCCGAGGAGGCGGCCUUCUUCAUGCUCGUGUCGUUGCUGGAGAACUACCGCAUGAGCGGCCUGUUCAAACUAUCCUGAGUAAAAAUGGCUCCACACCAGGGUCAAGAUAGGAAAUCUGCUAGACAAAUCAACCAGCAUUGGUUGUGUCGCAUGACAAGCUUGUCCUGGUUCUGAAGCAUCACAGAUCUAGCGCAUCAUGCUGCUUGUAGCAUUACAAAUUCCAAAGCACGAAUAGAAAAUGGCUCUCUUGGGGCUCCGCAUGAGAAACCUUUUCGGCAUGCAGAUUUGCAUGGCAUCCACUCUGGGUGGGGACGUUGUUACUCAGGAUACAAACCCAACCUUCCCCUGUUGAGCAAGUACUUUUUCCAGCUCAACCUGCUGAUCCGGAUGCACCUGCCCAAACUGCACGACCACCUGCAGCUGAACUCGGUGGAGCCCACCAUGUAUGCCUCACAGUGGUUCAUGACGGUCUGCAUCUACCAGUUUCGGUACUCGACGGUUUGUCGCGUGUGGGACAUCUUCCUGGCCGAGGGCGUGAAGAUCAUUUUCCGGGUGGUAUCAGAGUGCACAAGUAGAACUUCCCCUCGCCCUCAUUUCUCAUGCAAAAUGCCAGGCCGACCAUUUUUCUUUUUGUUUUUUGCCUCUUCGCACUCUUAGCAUGACAGGUUCUGCUGGCAGCACUACAAUCCUGAUGAAUUUGUCAUGCGAAACCUGCUCAACUCUUGCCAACGCUGGUAUUGCCAUUGCUGUUCACACUAUAAAUAUAAAUGAGGGACGAGAGCAGGGGUGGGGAGUUGUGCACUCGGAUAGGUGGCGCUGGCGCUGCUGAAGCUGAACCAGGAGAGCCUGCUGCAGUGCGGGUUCGAGGACAUUUAUCGCAAGAAAAAAGUGUUUACAGUUUUUACACAUUGUGUUGCGGGGGCCGCAAGACAGACGACCUUUGUCAUGCAGGAAAUACCUGCAAGCCUCGUUUCCUUCGUAUUUUCCCUUAUGUAUGAUCUUUGCCUUACUCUGCCACACUGAGAAAAUUUGUGAUGCAGAUGAACAAACUCCAACAAAUGUGUAAGUGCAACACUUUUUUCUUGGGAUAGCAUUCUGCAGGUACUCAAGCUCGCCCCGGCCCAGACGGAAACGGAGCUGCUCAUCCAGACCGCGCUGGGCAUCAAGCUGAAAGCCUCCGUGCUCAAGGACCUCGAGCAGGAAUUUUUGAAAUCCGGACAGAAGUAAGUUUUGUACGUUCUACUCCGGGCAGCUGCAGCAGCCAUCUCUUGUCCUCGUUGCGCGCUUGUGGGAGCAGCUUUUGGCAAAACUAGAAAGAAGGUUUGUUUGUCAAAGCGCUUCGAUUCUUAUCUUUGUACAAAGGAAUUGCGGAUGGACAAAUAAGACGAAAACCGCUUGCUUGUUACAGCCAUUCAUUGUCAUGGCAUUGAAGAUCCCUUCGACCACUUCGAGCAUGCAAUAAGAGCACUGCUCGUCCGCUCUGCAGUGCCUUGACGAGAAAAAGAAAGCGAAGAAAAAUAUCGAUGAAUUGAU